AUUACCGUUACCGCCGUACCUCUUUCUACAUCUGCUUUCCAAGAGGGAGCGGGAUAAAAGUGAACCAUAAUGACCUUGCAACCGCCGAAAAGUCAACUGUUUCGUACGUUGGACAACAUCAAGGACCUCGCCAAAGAUGCGCUCUGGGGUCUGUCGUCAUGUAUAUGCAAACCGGACUCGAGCAUCAAGAUAAACGGCCGAACAUUCAAGAUCAUCAAGGUUCUCGGAGAAGGCGGCUUUUCGUUCGUGUAUCUUGCACAGGAUGAGGCCAGUGGUCGAGAGUUUGCGCUCAAGAAGAUACGCUGUCCGACAGGUUCGGACGGGGUGAAGGAGGCCAUGCAAGAAGUUGAAGCGUACCGGCGGUUCAAGCACAAGAACAUCAUCCGCAUUCUGGACUCUGCCGUCGUGCAAGAUCCCGAAGGCGAGGGCAAGAUUGUCUACCUGUUCCUUCCCCUCUACAAGCGCGGCAACUUUCAGGACGCUAUCAACGCGCACUCCGCCGCGGGGACCCAUUUCUCCGAGAAAGAGAUGUUACGCCUCUUCAAGGGGGCAUGUGAGGCCGUACGCGCCAUGCACCAAUACCGGCCAUCUGCCCGUGGCGCGACCCAAGCUCGGCCUGCGGCGCGGUCUGCGGAUCCGGGCGGAGAAAUCUUGGAUCAUCCCGACCACGCAGACGACGACGGAGCCAGCGUGCCCCUGGUGGCAGCGCAGACGCGGGAGGAGGGUGAGCCGAUAUUCGACGAAGACGACGAUACGCAGACCAGUGCGUUGAACGGGGACGGAAACACCGAAGCAGGAAUCGUACCUUACGCGCAUCGAGACCUAAAACCUGGAAACGUGAUGAUCGCGGAUGACGGCGUUACGUCGAUCCUUAUGGACUUCGGCAGCGUGAUGAAAGCACGCGUCGCGAUCGAGAACAGGAAUCAGGCGUUGCUUCAGCAGGAUAUAGCCGCGGAGAAAAGUACGAUGGCAUACCGCGCUCCCGAGCUCUUCGAUGUCAAGACCGGCGUAACAAUCGACGAGAAGGUUGACAUUUGGUCACUAGGCUGUACGCUAUACGCUAUGGCCUACCUACAUUCGCCAUUCGAGAACCUGCAAACAACCGAACAGGGCGGUUCAAUCGCAAUGGCGGUCAUGAACGCGCAGUACAAGCAUCCACAGUCGUCGUAUUCGGACGGCUUGAAGAAACUGAUCGACAGUAUGUUGACGGUCGACCCAAGUAAGCGGCCCGAUAUCGACCAGGUCAUCGGGAUGGUCGACCGCUGUCUCCAAAGUGCGAGGUAACGACCUCGCUACUUGAUGCGACACGGACGCAUGGCAUGGAAUUUCGGUGGUCGUCCGAGGUGUAACCUAUGCCUGCUUGAUAUCCCCAGUAUCGUGAAGCUAUUUAUUGUAUGCGGAGCUCUCACGACAGGAAAGCAAGGCGAGACAACGAAACUCUGAGAAAUACGGAGGGACGGGAGGCAGCUCAUUCUUUCCGUGCUAGUUCCCGCCGUUUCACUAUUUUCCGAGGAAUUACAUGGUCCGCGUGGGCCUUCAAUGGCGGUUUCGCGGUCUCGAUGCGAGGUCUUUUUGGAGGUGCUGGAGAGGUCGAGUCGCCAGCCGGUUUUCGAGCUUUCCGCUCCGUACUGCGCUCCACGGGCGGUUUGGCGACUUUCGGUUUGACAGACGCCUUGCUCUUCUUCGCCGCUUUCGCUGGGGAGUGAAUGAUAUCAUUCGUUUUUCUUUGUGUGCUCGUCUUCUUCGGCGGAGACGAAGUCUGUGGUCGCUCCUGUUCCGGUUCGCUCCCCUCAGGGUCGGACACAUGCUCUGCAGACUUAUUCUCGGCUUUCUUAGCUAGCGCUUUCGCCUUCAUCUGCUUCUGUCUCGCCCGUUUUUGUUUUAUUUGCUCUUGCUUAGCUUUCCGCUUCAGUGCUCGAUUUGAAAGACCCUCCGGCUUCUCCGACUCCCCCUCCUCAAGCAUGUUCCCACGAGCUCCACCUGCGUUGAGUUCCGCUAGGAUCUCUCGAACGUCGCGGUCCGCUGAACCUUCCUCGGCAAUGGUCGUGAACCGGGAGAACCGUCUGACAUGGUGCUUGGACGUCCGGUGCACGUCGAUCAUGAUGCUGUUCUUCAAAAGCUUUCCCGGACACACUGCACACGCGGAAAUAUCGGGGGCUAGAGAAAUGGUGUAUAUGGGUUCGCGGAGGGCUUCAGACAGCGAUAUAGGUGCUGGCUCCUCGUCGGUGUCGGUGUCCUCAUCCUCGUGCUCUUCGUCUUCCUCCUCUCUACCCCUCUUCAUACCACGACGCGCGGAGGUAAGCAGUUCCUCCUCCCUCUCCUCUUCGGACCCAUCUUCGUUCUCCUCUCCGUUUUCUUCAGCUUCAUCAGAGUCCGAGUCUGACGCAGAUUCCUCGGAAUCGGUGUCCUGUAUGCCUAACAUUUCUUUUGCCUCAUCGUCUAAU